AUGCAAUUAGAUAGGGAAUAUCCUCAAUAAAUUGCUAUAACUCCUUAUUUAGCUUCUAAUUCUGUUGGCUAUCAUAAAGAAUAUCCAAAAGCUUUGUAUAAGCAAGUCUUUGAACCAGACAUAAUUAUGAAACCUAAUUACAAAGCAAUUAAAAUUUUUGAUCCUUAAGAACUUGUUAGACACUUACAAAAACACUUUCCCUUAAUUAGGAAAAAUAUUUAAUAAUUCGAUGAGCAAAUGUAAAAGUUAAAUUUAACUUUUGGACAUUUGAUAACAAAUGGUAAAAAUUUAGAUAUAAUAUAGGUUUUCAUAUUGAUGACUUUUUAAAAAAAUUCUUUUUUGUUCUAGAUAAAAGAUUACACAAAUUUUUUGAUCAUCUUGAUUAAAAUGUAUUUAAAUUAGAUGGAAAACAAUAAAAAGAAUAAAUUCCAGGUGAUUACAGAAUUGGAGAAAUAAGAUAACAUAUUCGAUAAAAAUUAAUUGAUAUGUCAAAUGAUCUUUUGACUAAAUUUGCAUCUAGAAAAACUCCUCAAGAAUAUGAUAGAGAAGUUAUUAAGAAAAUUGAUCAAAUUUUGAGAGUUUAUGAACUAUUAAAAUAUGAUUAAGGGUGGCAUUUUAUUAUAAAUAUAACAAAAUUUAAUCUAGAAGAUUUAUUAGAAAGAGUAUGCAAUAAUGAUCUCACUUAAUUCUAAAAAAUUGAAGAACUAAUUGAUUCAAUGUUUUUAAUUUCAAUGAAAUAAAUUAAAGAAGCUACAGAACAUGAAAAUACAAGUCCAUUAUUUGUAUUCAAUAAAGAUGUAGUUUUAUCAAAGUAAUUAAUUAAAAUAAUUUAGAUUUCAUUAAAUUAUAAAUGAUAGAACUGAUCCUUAAAUGACCACAGAUGAUUUGUAUUAUGUAAGUAAAACAGUAUGUAUGAGGGAUAGAAGAAUUAUUUACAAUGAAUUUUAUAAUUAAAUUAAUAAGGAACUGAAGGAAUUGGCUCCUGAAUAUUUUUAAUUCGCUACAACAGAAAAAAGUAGUUAUUAAAAGAAAAGGGAAGAACUUCAUAAAAAGUUAUUAAAAAUUCAAAAUGAAUGGGAAUCCUUAAAAGAAGAUGAAAAUUACUAUUUAAUUUUAGAGGAUAGAAUUAAUGAAGAAGAUCUAAGAAAGGUUCCUUUGACAAGUGAAUAGUAAUUACAAUAAUUACAGAAAUUAAAUGUCUUUUCAAAUAAGGCUUCAAAUUUAUAAUAUGAUGCUGUAUCAUUAUUCAAGGAUAUUUUGGAUCAUAAAGAUGAAUCGAAAGUUUUAAUUGAAAGUAAGCUUUAAGAGGCUUUGGAAAAAGCAAAAUAAUAUUAUUUGAAUAUGACACCUGGAAGAAAACCAGAAUCAAAUUAAAUAAAAUAACAUAUUGAUAGUCUAUAUAGUGAAUUAUCAUCUUUAUUAAGUUCUUAAGAUUUUUCUAAGUUUUAAGGAUAAAUAUCAUAAACAGAUAAGUCUGUUGAAUAAUAAUUGGCUAAGAAUAAAUAAAAUCCUUAUUUGUAAUAAGUAUAGAAAGAAUUACAAAGAUAAUAACAUGUUAGAGAUCAUAUGUAAAAAGAGUAAGAAAAUGAAAUGAAAAGAAGAUCUGAAUUAGUUAAUGGUUAAAUAGAAUUAAUGAUUAGAUAAUAGCAUUAAAGAGAUCUUUUUAAAGAGGAUUCAACGACUAGACCAAUUUAUAAUGUAAAUAAUGGUAAAAUUAUGGAAGGUAGUUCUAUAACCAAUGAACAUUAUUAUGAAAGAUAAAUGAAGGAUUAUCAAAAACCAUCAAAUGAAGAAGGCAAAUAUGAAAAAGAGAUAAAUAAUAAAAAAAAUUAAAAUGUUCCAAGUUUAGAUAGAAAUGUUUAUGUAGCAUCAAAACCAGGAUAUUAUAUUGAUGAUAUUUUAGGAUAACCAUUAAACAAAUAAGAUUUGAUUGAUCAGUUUAAAAAAAAAGAACCUCCAAAAUAAGAACUCCCUAAGAAACCAGAUCCCCCAAAAUAAGAUCCACCUAAAAAACCAGAUCCCCCAAAAUAAGAGCCACCAAAGAAAUAAGAACCUCCUAAAUAAGAGCCACCAAAGAAAUAAGAACCUCCAAAAUAAGAACCACCUAAAAAACCUGACCCUCCUAAAUAAGAACAACCAAAAAAACAAGAACCUCCAAAAUAAGAACCACCAAAGAAACCUGAUCCUCCUAAACAAGAACCACCAAAGAAACCUGAUCCUCCUAAGUAAGAACCACCAAAGUAGCCUGAUCCUCCCAAAUAAGAGCCACCAAAGAAACCAGAACCCCCUAAAUAAGAACCACCUAAAAAACCAGAUCCUCCUAAAUAAGAGCCACCAAAGAAGCCUGAACCUCCAAAAUAAGAACCACCAAAGAAACCUGAUCCUCCUAAAUAAGAGCCACCAAAAAAACCUGAACCUCCAAAAUAAGAACCACCAAAGAAACCUGAUCCUCCUAAAUAAGAGCCACCAAAAAAACCUGAACCUCCUAAAUAAGAACCACCAAAGAAGCCUGAACCUCCAAAAUAAGAACCACCUAAGAAACCAGAACCCCCUAAAUAAGAACCACCUAAGAAACCAGAUCCUCCAAAACAAGAACCACCAAAGAAACCUGACCCUCCUAAAUAAGAACCACCAAAGAAGCCUGAACCUCCUAAACAAGAACCACCUAAGAAACCUGAUCCUCCUAAAUAAGAACCACCAAAAUAGCCCGAUCCUCCUAAAUAAGAACCUCCUAAGAAACCAGACCCUCCUAAAUAAGAACCAAAAAAACCUGAACCUCCUAAAUAAGAACCACCUAAAAAACAAGACCCUCCUAAAUAAGAACCUCAAAAGAAAGCAGAUCCUCCUAAAUAAGAACAAUUUUAAGAUAAACCAAAAAAUCAAGAACCACAAAAAAAACCAGAUCCUCCAAAAUAAUAUGAGUAACCAAAAGCUUUUGAUCCUUAUGCCAUUGAUUUAGAUGAUGAUGAUAUGGAUCUUGAUAAUUAUGACUUGGAUAUGAAUUAAAAUAAAGCAGCCUAAAAACCUAUUUAAUAAUAGUAACCAUAAAGAGGUAUAUUUAUAAUUUAUAAUAUAGGAGUUAAUUAAUAUUAAUAACCUCAAAUGAAACCUGGAGCUGAACUUGAUUUAGAUUCUGAAGAGGAGAGACCAUAAAAUUUAAAUGAUAUAUUACAUCAAGAUGAUGAAGGAGAAGAAAUCGAAUAAAUUCUUAUAACCCCAGAAAAUUUAAACUUAGUUAAUAAAUAUACCAAAGGAACAAAAUAUGGAAAAAAUACUCCUAUUUAAAUGUAAGAAUUCAAUUCUUUUGAUUAUGUUAUUUAAUUAUUUGAAGAAUUUAUUCUUUAAGAUGAAGUUUACUUUUUAGAUUUCGAUGAAACUGAUUAAUUAUUAGCCAUUUUUGACAAACUCCUUGCUUAAGAAGAAACUUCAGAAGAGUUUGAUGAAUUAGAUAAAUAUGUUUAAAUAAAAUUUCAAGAAAGGACUUCAAGAACAAACUUUGGUGAGCAAAAAAAUUUUUUCCCAUUUGAAGAUAAUCCAUUUCUAUUUUAUCUUAUUGAAAAAGAUCCUAAUUAAAAAUUAAUGAUAUUAUAUUAUGAUGAAGAACCAAGAGAAGAAUAAAUGGGAGAAGAGUUUAGUUCAUUUUUAAGCAUCUUCUAAUAGCUAUUUUAAUGUGAAGAAUUUGAUAUUUCUUAAGUUAUUUUACAUCCUUAAUCGAAAAAAAAACUUGAUUCAUUUGAACCUAAUGGUAAAUAUUUAAAAUAUAUGUUGACUGUUUUUACAACAAUUUAUGAACAAUAACCUCCAUAAGGAGAAAUCAUGAUUAAUGAUGAUACUAUUGCAAGAGCAUUUUGGACUUUACAUUAAACAACUGAAUUUUAUACCUUAUUAACUGAAAAUGAAGAGGAUGUUAGAAAUACCUUUUUUGGAAUGUUAGAAUAGGCUUAAAAAACAGAUAAAUCUGUUGCAAUUGCUACUGUAGAAGAACCUUACUCAUAAGAAGGAAUUCAAAAUUUAUAAUAAGUAAUACUCUUUUAUUAUUAUUUAUUUAGCAAAUCUCAGAGAUUUAUUCAGAUUUUCUAUCAAAUAAAACUACUAAACAUUCCUUUUUCUCAGUAGAUCUUAUAGUUUAACCACAAUAAAAGAUGAGUUUGUACGUUCAUUUAUAAAAAGUUGCUUAACUAAACUUCCUUAAAGUAUUUUUAUUCAAUUUAUUAAGAUAUUUACUUUACAAAAUUAUGGAGAAUUAAAUUAAUAAAUAUUGGAUCUAUUCCUAACUGAUGAUGGCACGUUUACUUAAAAGGUUUAUAUAGAUAUUUCCAGGCAUAAUAUGUUCUAAGAAUUUAGUGAAGUCACCCUAGGAGCUUUUUACCAUUUAGUUAUUAAAAAGAAUUUAAAACCAGAAGAGGCUAUGGUUAAUUUAGUUUUCUCUUUAAUUCCAUAUAACCUAAUUUUUACACAAUUAGAAUGA